AAGAGACAUCUUUGACAGCUGCCCACCGUCUCCGUGUCCUCUUUAACUCUCGUCACAACAGCACACCACCAUGAGGCCGGUCCUGAACUUGUUCUUCCUCUUUGGCUCGUCCGUUGGGUUCUAUGCAAACCCCAUGAUGAGACGGGUGGCGGUUUCUUCCUUCGCAGGCAGCACAAUCGUCCGAGCAGCGAGCGCUACCGCCUUCCCAAGCCAGCGACAGGCAAAGUUCACCACGUCGAUGAACUCGGUGGACUUCGUGGAAAAGGAGAUCGACAGCAACAACGUGGUUGUCUUCUCCAAGUCGUACUGCCCCUUCUGCACCAGAACCAAAAACCUCUUCGCAGGGCUGGGAGUUGACGCAACGGUGUACGAGCUAGACCAGAUGGACGACGGCGAAGCCAUCCAGGCUAUUCUCGGAGCGAAGACGGGGCAGACCACUGUUCCGAACGUGUUCGUGAAAGGCACGCACGUCGGGGGUAACGACGCCGUGCAGGCAGCCAACAGCAGCGGCGCCCUCAAGACGCUCUUGGACGGCUGAUUUGUGUACGCAGACCGAAAUCGAGAGCAGACGAGGGCGUAGGCGGGGAGGGGUUCUCUCCGUUACUGGCCGGGGGGGGGGGGGGUGGAGCGUAGCGGGUUGUCGAACGGCACGCCCGACGAUUGCGCCGCUUAUCACAAAUGGACGGGUUUCGUCAGUCCUUGGUUCAUUUUUUUCUGUGCAAAGCGUUCCACGAACGAGGUGCGGUAGCAGCGUCGGGCGAACAGCUGUUUAGCCUUUUUAGAAGGAGAUCGGCGCGUGUGUAGAUAGAUGGCAGAUUGCAACCCAGCCGAAUUUCGCCCCUAUCUUUGAUAUCACACCCAUGACCACGGUGGUGCCCUUGCCCGACGAAAGCAACUACUGCUGUUACACGGUCGAUUUGCGCUGAAACUUUCGUGGAGCAACAGCGGUAGACUGAACCCUCUCUCGCUUGGUUGGCGUCUUCUCCAAGCAGGUCAGGCCUCUCUUUGGGUGUUCGAUAAGACAUCUAAUAGCUACGCCAGGAGUUUGACAAGAAGUACCCCAAUUAGG